AACUCUUGACUUUCAAAUCAGUUCUUAACUAUAAUGGUUACGGUGUAAGUUCAAUUUAGAUGAGACCCCUUUUCCAGGGAGCUAGAUUGAGCAGCUGGGACUUUAACUGGUGCUCUGGUGAUCCAGGAGGAAAAUGGUAGCCGUUGCAGCCGGGUCCACGGUUUCUAGGCAUCUAGGUCAGUCCCACCUACAGAUGGGUUGGCCUAUGUCAGGUGGCACCCAUGGCAACAAGCGCUCAACUCGCACGUGGAAGGUCCUCACCAACUUUGUCACGCUCCCCAGAGUGGGCAUGAGCAUGCUGAACAUCUACCUGAAGUCGCACCACGAGGAGCAUGAGAGGUCCAAGUUCAUCACCUACCCUCAUCUUCGAGUCAGGUCCAAGCCCUUUCCACAGAGAGAUGGGAAUCAUACUCUAUUCCAUAACCCUCAUGUGAAUCCACUUCCAACUGGCUAUGAAGAUGAAUAA